AUGGCAUCGGAGGAUGAGGAGUUUGCGUAUUCUACAGAUGAGAUGGAUGACGACAACGAGGACAAGAAAGAUGGGGAAGAUGUUGAUGUGGACUGGGAAGAUGUGGACACAUUCCAGCCAACUGGAACCGUUGUAUCCUCUCAAGAGAUUCACCCCAUCGAGACUCAAGAAACACUUGCGUUACAUCUUGAUGAAGAAAAAGCCAUUGACUCGGAGGUGUCGACUCUACAGCAAAUUGACUGGGAAGAGGUGAAUCGCUCACUUGCAGAUGACAAACAGGAUGCACCUUCAGCUGUGCACAAGAAACGACGGCCACCCAUUCGGCUGACAAAAGAGGAAAAGGAGCGAGAAAAGGCUUUACACCAGACGCAUUUGCUGCUUCUUUUGGCUACUCGCAUCAAAUGGAUGCGACUUAGUCAGUCUCAAUUGCUUCAAGGGCUUUUGCUGUCUCUUACAGCUACAAGUGACGUGGAUUUCUUUGCUGAGAUGAAGCAUCAACCGCUUUCGUACUCACUGGCACUGCUGGUUCGAUGGUUCAAUCGAGAGUUUCAAGUGGUGGAGGACCAGGAAACUUUGAGCGGAGAAAUGGUGACAGAAUCGAGUCUCCUGAACGUCUUUUUCGCUCGUGAAGGACGAGACUACGAACUACCAUUGCUGUUUGCUUCAUUGUGUGGAGCAUUGCAGCUUCGGUAUCGUCUCACGUGUGCGCUGAAUCCGUUGCUGGUGCAAAGAGGGAAGGUGUUUGAAUCAUCGUUCAGACAGAGACCAAGCAAACGACGUCGAUCGCAAAAGGUUGUGGGCAAGAGAAAGAUGCUGUCAAGUGACGGCGAUGAUGAGAAAGAGGAAGCCGAUAGGGAACUGGAUCCUGACAGUACGGAGACGAUAGAUCGCGUGAUUUGGCUGUGGUGUGAGGUGCUGGAUCAGAAGUCGCAACGCUGGAUUCAUGUCGAUGUCGUGCGCCGACUUGUGGAUCGUCCACAGGAAGUUGAAAAGCUGCGCGGUAGGUCGGCCCGAUUCUCGUACGUAAUCAGUAUCCAGGACGACGAGCUGCUUGUGGAUGUAACAUCUCGGUAUACGGUGCAAUGGAGCAAGAGUUUGACACUGCGUCUUGCAGACUCAUGGUGGAAGCAAGUGCUCGAACGGUGUAACGAAGAUACAGUCGACCAGCGUUGCGUAUCGAAAAUUCUGACAGCUGAGAACGUGGACAAAGCUCUCGAUGAUGAAAAGAAAGAGCUGGAGAGACUGAAGCUGGCAGAAGGUAUGCCUAGCAGUGUGGAAGGGUUCCGAAAGCAUCAUUUGUAUUGUCUGGAGCGUCACUUGGGUCAGUUCGAAUGUCUUCAUCCACGCAAGGUGGUCGGCGUAUUUAACGGUCAAUCCGUUUUUCUCCGUGAACAUGUACAACCCGUUCAAUCCGCUUUUAAGUGGCGGCGUCUCGGUCGAGUUGUAAAGGACGACGAACGUCAGAAGCCCGCAAAAUGGCAGUCACGGGGUGGUGUCAAUGUUGCCGACACUUAUGACGAAAGCGAUGACACCAGUGCAACAACUGAAGGUGGUCCGUCGCUGGCACUUUUUGGUCUAUGGCAAACGACCGAGUUUGAGCCUGAAUCGAUGGUGGAUGGUCACGUCCCGAAGAACAAGUAUGGUAACAUUGAAAUCUGGAGUCCAGCACAUGUCCCUCGUGGUGCUGUGCACCUUCAACUUCCUCGCAUUGAUACAAUUGCCGAGUCGUUGGGGAUCGACUAUGCUCCUGCUGUUGUAGGUUUUGAAGUACGCAAUGGACGAACCAGGCCAAAAAUCACUGGCAUUGUCGUCGCAAAAACCGAUCGAGAUAUUUUACUGGAUGCCCAUGCUGAGAAACAAGAACAAACGAUUGAAAACGCAAUUGCUCAUAACCAAAAGCUCGUACUCAAACGCUGGGCAAAACUCACGACACGACUGUUGCUACGUCAGCGACUUGACGACGAUUACGGUGCCGUCUAA